CCGGCCGUCGCCGACGCCGCUGUGCCGCACACGCAACCCACACGAUACGGAGAACAGCGCCGUUCAAGAUAGUGUCGAGGGGGUGGCAUUGUUCACGAUACGUGCGUGGCCGCGUGCGUGCGUGCAUGGAAGAGAAAAACGAGCGCAGGACCCCGAGGUACGAAGGAGAACGAGGCGGAGCAAGGUGGCUCCGCUAACGGCACGAGCGGCGGUGAAAAAAUGUCGAGCGCCGCGGACAGUCCUGAUGGGAUGGCUUUGCAGUCGCACUACUCCUUACGAUGGAACAAUCACCAGACGCACAUACUACAGGCCUUCGAGGCGUUGCUGCACGCGGAGAUACUCGUCGACGUGACCCUGGUCUGCGCCGAGACGAGCCUCAGGGCGCACAAGGUCGUCCUUAGUGCCUGCAGUCCAUUCUUCGAGAGGAUAUUCGCGGAGCACCCCUGCAAACAUCCGGUGAUCGUGCUGAAGGACUUUCCCGGCCACGAGGUAGCGGCGCUGAUCGACUUCAUGUACCGUGGCGAGGUGAGAGUCGGCCGAGAGGAGCUUCCAGGACUGAUGAGGGCCGCGGAGAGCCUGCAGGUGCGUGGACUAGCGUCGUCGGAGCCCAGGCCGACGUCGCCGCCGGAAACGCCGACCGCGGACCUUCUCCUCGGCGAGCCGUCGACGCCCGAGGGCGCCAGACAAGGCACCCCCGAGGAGGAUGACAACGCGUCGGAGAGCACGGCGCCACCAUCGACGCGGGAACCAGCGCCGGUGACCACACCGACCAUUUUUCAUCCUGCGAGGGACCAUCGCGAUAGGUUACCGCACAUGGGCCACUUGAACUUUGGGAUGCGCGAGUUGCGAGAGAGUUGCGGAUCGCCGCUGUUACCCCGGCGAAAACAGGCCCGGCCGCGAAGGAGAUCCGGCGAGCUGGUGCCGCAGGACCUCAGUCGACCUCAUCCACCGGCGAGUCUGAGUCCGCCGGUGAGCGGUCUGAAUCUGACCGGUGGGCACCAACAGCCGCAGCAGCUGCAACAGCAGCAGCAGCAGCACCAGCAGCAACAACAUCAUCAGCAACAGCAACAACAGUCCUCGACGAGCUCGCAGAACCAGCAACAACUGGAGGACAUGGCGGAGAAUCUCUCGAUGAAGAGAUCCGUGUCGCCGAGUGGAGCGGAGCAACAUCACGUGAAGGCGGAGAGCAGCGAAGCGGCGAGUAGUCCCAGGGGAUCACCGUUAACCGGCACGAGUCUGCUGCACCCUGACGGUUCCCUCCAAGAUAUUCCGUCUGCUGCGGCAGCAGCGGCGGCGGCGGCGGCCGCGGCAGGCCUGCCAACGAUGUCGGCUCUGUCGUUGACGCCGCCGCAUCACCACAGCGAGUACCUGACGAGUCUGGGCCAGCUGGCGGCCCAGUGGUUGCCGAAUCAUCCGCAGAGCCAACUGCCACCUCCGCCUCAGGGUCACCAUCCGCGAGAGAGCAGUCCGCACCGGUCCAAUCGAACGCAUCCGUAUCAACAGCAGCAACAGCAACAGCAACAGCAAGAAUCCCCGUUGACGCCGCGACGAAGCUCCGUGACGGCCAUGUUCCCGUUAGACGGCGUCGCGUCGCUAGGUGGCGGGCUGUUCCCACACGCCGGUGCUCUCGACAGGGGAUCCCUAUUGGCGGAUCUGCACGAUAGCUUUAAACCGGAAACGCUGCACGGGUUGUUCGGCGCGGCGGGUCUCGGCGGUCAUCAUCCGGGGAAAAAGCCAAAGAAACACAGGGGCGACGGCGAGGCGCCGCGAAGAUGGGGUGACCACGGUAGCCGAGGUCUGCCGGUCGGCAGGCCGAAAGGUCAGCACAGCGCGCCCAGGGGAGGACCACCUAGGUCUUGGACAAACGCGGAGCUGACCGAGGCGCUGCAGCACGUGUGGAACAAGAAGAUGACCACGUCGCAGGCUAGCAGGAUCUUCGGGAUACCGUACAACAGUCUGCUCAUGUACGUGCGCGGGAAAUACGGGAAAAGUUUGAAACUGGAACAACUGAGAAGGGACUGCACCGGCGCGACGACGGGCGAGGUAGUGAUGAAUUCGCUGAACAACAACGUGAAGGCCGUCCAGCCGCCUACGCAGAUGACUCAUCCGUUGGCAGGUCUGCCGCCUCAUCCCGGCGACGACGGUGGAUUUCCUCAUCACUCGUUGCUCGGUGGUAACCUACCGCAGGGCUUCUUCCCCGACUUCGCCGCCGCGGCGUUCCCGGUGCCGGUUAGUAUGGUGCAUUUACUUCCGCCGAGCGAACAGAAGGCUUUCGAACCACCCGCGAAUCCUGGCGGCGGUGGUGGCGGCGGUGGCGGCGGAGGCGGUGGCAGUGGCGGCGAUCUCUCCACCUCACGGAGCAGUCGAACGCCUUCGCCGGUCGACCAUCAUCAUCAUCAUCACGAGUCGCUGCAGCCGCAACCGCCUCAGUCGGCGCCCGCGCUACUCCAACAAAAUGGUUCGGAUUAGAAGAGAAUGUUUUACGCGUGAUAUCAUAGGUAUGCGCGGUCAUACACCGAUCAUCGUGUUCGUUGAAGGACCACGGACCCGUACGUGUCCGACACGAACUCAACCAUUCUCCUUUUAACGACUUAUCGACACACGCACACGAGACACGGUCUAUACGUCAUAACGGAACAGAACCACGCGCCGCGUGCCCCCGAUUUUUCCGCCAAAUUCUUCUCUUCUCGCAAGACUGACUAUAUCAUCACCACCACCGUUUACAGCUCCCGGGGUAAGCUCGACGGACGUUCCGCCCUGCUCGGUCCACCGCUUUAGCCAACAACACCACCACCACCACCACCACCACCACCACCAC